UUCGUCGAACUCUCAUCAUUCGGCGGCUGUUGACGACUUGACGUUGAGAGAGUUCGUUUGUGAACGGUAUAGAAUUCAAACAUGAGUUCCAUCGGCACAGGGUAUGAUCUAUCAGCUGCUCAGUUUUCUCCUGAUGGACGAGUUUUUCAAGUAGAGUAUGCCCAGAAAGCAGUGGAAAACAGUGGGACAGCUGUUGGACUGGUCUGCAAGGAUGGUGUUGUACUUGCUGUUGAAAAAAUUGUGACAUCAAAGCUGUAUGAACCAGGAACCAACAAGAGGCUCUUCACAGUUGACACUCAUGUUGGCUUGGCCUGCGCUGGACUCCUUGCAGAUGCAAGAGCCAUUGUUGACGUGGCGCGAAACGAGGCCGCCAACUACCGGGCAGAGUACAGCGUUCCCAUGCCUGUUAAGGAGCUGACAGAACGUGUGAGCAACUACCUACAUGCGUACACCCUGUACUCGUCAGUGCGUCCCUAUGGCUGCUCCGUUAUGCUCGCCUCUUACCUCAACGACUCUCCACAGCUCUUCGUCACCGACCCUUCAGGCUUGUGCUUUGGAUAUUUUGGAGCCGCCAUUGGCAAGGCAAAGCAGAACGCCAAAACCGAGAUAGAGAAACUGAAAUUGAAGGAGCUCACCUGCAAGCAACUCGUCAAAGAGGCUGCGAAAAUCAUAUACCUAGUACAUGACGAGGUGAAGGACAAGCAGUUCGAGCUGGAGCUGUCAUGGGUGUGCGCCGAGAGCCAGGGGAGGCACGAGCUCGUACCUAAGGCACUGAAGGUGCAGGCCGAGAAGUAUGCUAAAGCCGCCCUUGAGGAAGAGUCCUCGGAUGACGAAGAAGAUAUGUAGCCUCUCGUAUAGAUAUAAAACAGCUUUUCUUAUAUA